AUGAACGGUGACGAUUCUAGUUCUACUAAUAAGUUUGUUCCUGAGUACAGACGUACUAAUUUCAAGAAUAAAGGUAGAUUCUCUGCUGAUGAAUUACGUCGUCGUAGAGAUACUCAACAGGUCGAGUUGAGAAAGGCUAAAAGAGAUGAAGCCUUGGCAAAAAGAAGAAACUUUGCGGCCCCUGUAAAUGGCCCAAUGGCUGAUUCCGACGAUGAAGACGACGAAGGUUCUGUCGCUGAUAAACAGUUUUAUGAACAAUUGCAAUUAGAAUUACCUGCUAUGAUACAGCAAAUCCAUUCAAAUGAUAUGCAAGAACAAUUGGCUGCAACUGUCAAGUUCAGACAAAUCUUAUCCAGAGAACACCAUCCUCCGAUCGAAUUAGUUAUUAAAUCUGGCGUCGUCCCAACUUUAGUUAACUUCAUGAAUGAAAACCAACCUGAAAUGUUACAACUGGAAGCUGCUUGGGCUUUAACCAAUAUCGCUUCAGGUUCUUCUUCUCAAACUAGAGUUGUUGUCGAAGCUGGUGCAGUUCCAUUGUUCAUCCAAUUAUUAUACACUGGUUCAGUUGAAGUUCAAGAACAAGCCAUCUGGGCUUUGGGUAAUGUUGCAGGUGAUUCUACCGAUUAUAGAGACCAUGUCUUGCAAAGUGGAGCUAUGGAACCAAUUUUAGGUUUAUUUAACACAAAUAAAACUUCUUUGAUCAGAACUGCCACUUGGACUUUAUCAAACUUAUGUAGGGGUAAGAAACCACAACCAGAUUGGGAUAUCGUCUCAAAGGCCUUACCAACUUUAGCCAAAUUAAUUUAUUCAUUGGAUACUGAAACUUUAAUCGAUGCAUGUUGGGCUAUUUCAUACCUGUCAGACGGCCCACAAGAAGCCAUUCAAGCUGUCAUCGACGUUAGAAUUCCAAAAAGAUUAGUCGAAUUGUUAAAUCAUCAAUCUACAUUAGUUCAAACCCCUGCAUUAAGAGCAGUAGGUAACAUUGUUACCGGUAAUGAUUUACAAACUCAAGUUGUUAUCAACGCUGGUGUUUUGUCUGCAUUAAGAAGUCUACUAAGUUCUCCAAAAGAAUCAAUCAAGAAAGAAGCAUGUUGGACUAUUUCAAAUAUUACUGCUGGUAACACUGAACAAAUUCAAGCAGUUGUUGAUUCCGAUAUCAUCCCACAAUUAAUUAAAUUAUUGGCCGGUGCCGAUUAUAAAACAAAAAAAGAAGCAUGUUGGGCAAUUUCCAAUGCUUCUUCUGGUGGUUUGAACAGACCAGAAAUUAUAAGAUAUUUAGUAAAUCAAGGCUGUAUAAAACCUUUAUGUGAUUUAUUAGAUAUCGCUGAUAACAAGAUAAUUGAGGUUACAUUAGAUGCUAUAGAAAAUAUCUUAAAGAUGGGUGAAAAUGAUAAAGAAAUGCGUGGUUUGGCUAUAAAUGAAAACGCUGAUUACAUCGAAAAAGCUGGUGGUAUGGAAAAGAUUUUCAACUGUCAAAGAAACGAAAACGAUAAGAUUUAUGAAAAAGCCUAUGCUCUUAUUGAAACAUACUUUGGUGAAGAAGAAGAAGAUAAUCUGGAUAAAGAUAUGGCUCCAAAGACUGCAGAUAACACUUUCGCCUUUGGGUCAAAUGUCAAUCAAAAUUUCAAUUUCAACUAA